GAUAUGCCUUGAAUAGACUGGGAAUAUAGCUGUGCAAUACAAAUUCCACUGUCAAUUCAAUUGUAUGUAUUUUACAUUGUCGGGUGUUGCCGGCGAGGUAUCCUGAACCGUUUGGUCACUCCCUAACUUAAAUAACUCAGAUUCCCGUAAUUAAAAGGGUCCCCGAUCAUCGCCUGCAUUGAAUAUUUAUCCGUCAUUGGCUUUUGUGAAGACACUGACCUCAAUUAAUAAUUUUGCUACUGUCCGCCUUCCCACCUACAUUAUGUCUGCAAGACACACAGCUCUGUCACUUUAUCGACGUGCUUUAAAACUUUCACUUGAUUGGGCUGUGCAUCGACAGCUUUGGCGUGGCCAGGCAGUAUAUAUUCGUUCUCUGUUUGAUGCAAACAAGGACGUUCGAGAUCCCCGCCAGCAAAGGGUUCUUUUUCAGGAAACAGAGAAGCUGCUGGAAAAAUGGAAACAUCCUGAUCCAUACCGCCCUCCGACUGCACCUGGUGGGUCAAAAUAUGAGAGAAAUCUCGAGGCACCUAUCUUGAACCCGCCCUUGUCUCAAAGUCAGGAAAUGGCCCAACGCGUCGCUUCGCAUCAGUAUUGA